CUCGCUCAUUUUGAUUUACACAAAUGUCAAAAAGGGCUGGGACGAAACGGGUGAUAUCGCGAUAUUUGUGAAAAUUGCCCUUUUACGUGUGAAUAUAACAAAACUUAACUUUAAUAAUGUAAUCUGUAUUCAACGCAUAAACGGCGCGUAUCUGCCGUAUUGCCUAAAACGUUGAAAAUUCGCCGUUGUGGAGACUUUAUAAUCACGCUAGUUUUGGCGCAAUUGUUUUAGUUCAUAACUCGUCAAUAAUAUCAUGUUGAAGUUUAAAAAAAUGGGUUCGGAUAAAGUGCCGCUGCUGCUUGUGACUGCGAACGUGGGAUCAAUAUUUGAGGAUCCAUCAGUGAUGCUGCCGAUAUGGACAUCGGAGUUCCUCCAGGCGGUCUCCCGGAUGGACCCCAAGUUCAUCGCCCUCCACCUCCAGGAAGUGGGUGGCAAGGCGUACGAGAAGUCCAUGCAGUAUGUCCAGGACUUCGUGCAGAGGCUUUGCGACUGCCCAGAGUUGAGGCUCUACGACAAAAUCAGGAUAUUCCUGGACGAGGACUUCAGCUCGCCGGAGAAGUUUACGGCUUUAGGGAAUAUGUACUUUGCCCAUUCGUCACUGACAGACCUGAAGAUAUGGGACUUCGAGCUGAAGGCUUACGUGGAUGUACAGGGCAAGGAGGUGCACAGCGGAAAUAUUGAAAAGGUCACCACCAAAGAGAAGGCCAAGUUUCCGCAGCAUUUCUUCCCCGAGUGCAAAUGGUCUCGCAAAGGGUUCUUGAGGACGCGUUGGAUGAUACGAGGCACAGCAGUAGAAUUCGUCAACAUCCACCUCUUCCACGACGCGUCCAAUCUGCUCGCGUUGGAGCCGUUCCCAUCAGUAUAUUGUCGCAGUAGAAGGCGAGCAUUGCGCCAUACGCUACGCCAUUUGCAUUCAGACGUCAAUGCGGCGCCAUACUUCAUAUUCGGAGACUUCAACUUUAGGACAGAUACAGGAGGCGUAGUCAAGAAAGUGACGGAAGAGUUAACAGCGUGCAGACUACAGAACGGCGCGAACGUAGACGCGGGCAAGCUGCAGUAUCGCGCUCAUACCGAUGAUAGGCUGGUGCUAACCAUCGGUAAAAAGGAGUUCGCCCACUCCGAUCAUCAGAAAAUAUUCCGGGAGCCAUGGUUGCAACGAUUUGACCGCGAGUUGGAAGCUCUGAAGCCGCACCUUUACGAGUUUCCGGUAAAAUUCCCACCCAGUUACCCCUUCGAGGAAGACGUGCAUCUACCCACGCACUAUAUGAAGACCAGGUGUCCGGCGUGGUGCGACAGAAUACUGUUAUCUCAAUCAGCGAGACUUGUGGUGCAGAACCAAGAGCCAGGCCGACCCGGGGAGAACAGGCAUCUGCAUACUUCCAGGAAAUCAGUUGCCGAUUCUACAGACAGUAGCGGAAGAGUUUCAUCAUCGGACAGUAGUCCGGCGCGAUCCAACUCUCCGGCCAGGCACAACCAUCAGUACAGUCCAGGGAAGACUCUCGAGAAGAAAAGCAGCGUGGCCGACCUCGACGCUUUAUCAGUGCCCGGUAUAAAUGUGAGCAGGAAGAGUAUCGCCGAUCCCACGAGUGUUCAGCGAGCCAUCGACGCGCGGGUGACAGAGUGCGAAGGAUCGCCCAUUCGUCGUAAACUCGUUCGCAACCAAUCGGAGGGUUCCCCGAAACCCAGCGAUAAUCUGUCGUGCGAACUGCGCCGAUUGGUCGACGCUCCCGCUAGGAAACGCACCGACUACGGGGUCAUCGGGCCCGACGCCUGCAUGGGGGACCAUAAGCCGAUCUACUUACGGGUGAUGCUGCAAAGCGACCGAGGUACCGUAAAGUGUUUCGAGCACCGCUCUCACCCCUUCGCGGGGUCAACGACCUCCCCCCUAGUCUCCCCUAUCUCACCCCUAACCCAUUUAAAUCGUCUACCCACCGACCCUGACUUAUACGUGAAAUCCACCCUCGCCACGCCCUUCUCUAGCCACCACGAACAAUUAUCCGAUCAUAGGUUGAAAAGAACUCGUACAGGCUCGUUGAACGAGAAAAUAUUCCGUAUACCACACGUGGAAAUCACAAGCGUUGAUUACGCGAGCUGUGACGUCAUGUUCGUCAACGAUGUUGAUGCGACUUUACUCUCCGUACGACGUUGCGUAGAUCCUUACACCCCUGAAAGUGUAGACUCUCACACUCCAGACAUAGGAGCUUCUAGCACGGAAGAGAUACCGGAAAUCGUAGAUUUUAUCCCCAAGUUAGACUCUAGGCCAGCUAAGUUGUGUCGCGACAGAAGUGUAUCACCAACACAGUUGAAAAAUAGACUCGAUAAGCUUUUGAAUAACGAUAAGUUUACGCCUGAGUUGCAAAGGUUGGACAGUAGGGAGUCGUGUAAGUCUGGGGCCAGUAAGAAGGGUGGGUUGUGCUGUUUGGCAUUGAAAUGUUACGGGUUUUGUAGGAGAAGGGCGCGGCGAGUCAAAUGCGGAUGUAGAGGCUUGAGCGACUGUUGCACCUCUUGAGACUAAACUUAUAGUAUACAAAACUUCUUGAUCUUCGACUAUGGAUAAAAAAGCCUGCGCAGUAGUAAUUUUACCUACAAAAAAGUUUACGGCGCAAGCUUUUUUGCCUGUUAGAAGUCAAGAAGUUUACCGCUAUCUAUCUAUAGUGAAAAUUUUGGAAGUGUUCGAAAACAACGAUCGUAUUUUUCCUAACAUUCUAACAAUGAAACCUAUUUUUCGACCAAUAUGGUUGAAAAUUUAGAUUGGAGUUGAUUUGGUCAGUUUGUAAACUGUUAUGAUGAAAUGAAACUUAGAAGGCCAAUGACUUAAGCGGCUGAAACACAACGAUGCCUAUGGAUUUUUUAUGUAUUUUAAACUAGUAAUGGCGGAUUGGAGUGACAUGAGCCGAGAUGUAUUAUUUUUUUCAUGUAAUUAUUCCAAAUAGCGAUCGUCACCUUUUUGAACACUAUCAUUAAUUUUACUUGGAACCCUGGGCAGUAUUCUGUUUUUAAAAAUAAAACAAGAAUCUAAAUUAACUUACGAUAUGUGUACAAAACUUUUUUGUAUAAAAAAUAUUAAUAAUAUAAUAAGUGACGUAGAAUUGACAUAUAUUUGUAAAGACAGAAUCAUGUCGCAUUCAUAGAAUUAUUGAUGUUGUGUAUUACGUAUGUAGUAACACUAGUUGUGUGCAAUUGUACGGUAUUUUUUUUUAAUUGACCUAUUUUGAAAUAUUGUUGUACACGGAAUGGUAAUUUUACCAUUUUACUUUUCUUUAUGACUUAUGGUUUUCUACAAUAAACUUUGUGUUUGCAUUCGCAACUUACUAACGGCAUAGACGUUUUUUAAUUUUGACUCAAACGUAAUGAAUAUUUUUAUAAAAUUACGGAAUAAAGUGCAUUUUUUUGUGACAAAUUGUCAUUAGUAAGAUAACAAAUUUGUUUGCAUGAUUUUAGUAAAAAUGUUUUUAUUGUUGUGUGUUCAUAGAAUGCAUGGCAUUUUUACCAUUUGUUGACCGCUAAUAAUGUGCAAUUCGCAUUAGAUGACGUUUGGUAGGUACUAGAAAAAAUGCAUUAUAUGAAGUACAAUUUCGACCUUUACUGUAAGACAUAAGAUUGAUAAUUGUAACGCAGACCUACCUAGCAAAUAACUUAUGUAGCUUUGUAAUAUCAGAAAAAAUCGAAUGUAGUUAGAUCUCAUGCAAUCAACACUCCAUUACUUUACUCAAUGCAUUUUUGUACCUUCUUUCUAAUGUAUUAAAGUACAUUUUACUAAAUAUUUACAAUACGUUAUAUGUUCUCAUUGGUUCUGAUUCAAUGUGUAUUUUAAACAAUUAUUAUUACAUAUAAGUUUUAAAUUUCUACGUCAAAAUGUAUUUUUAACGAUUGUGACUGAAUACGCAAAAAAACUAUAUUCCUAAAGUUUUCCAAGUUGAAAGAUAUUUUGAAUAUUUUAAAAGCUAUGUUUUUCAUUUCUUAUUGCAAAAGUAAACUUUUAUAUCUGAAUUUGGAAUUAAAUUUUUGCAUUAGGAAUGAGAAGAAUGAAUUUGCUUUAUGUUAUUUUUACCUUAUUAGGUAUAAGGUUAUCGGAAUGUUCGUGUGAAAUUUUCUAAUUAUCUAAGUGAUAAGAAAAAACCCCAAUCAAUAUAUUUUUUCUACAGAAUAGACAUUUCACACUACCCCAUGCAAUGUAAAAAGACUUCGAUGAAGUCGUUACUUUAAUAUUCUGAAAGAAAAUAGGCUAUUUGACAGUAUGAAAAAUAAAGUAUCAAUUUUGGUGAACAUUAGGAGUGAUGUCACUAUUUUAACAAAAAAAAUAGUUAAUCAUAAAAUAGAAAAGUAUUUUUUGAUCUAUUGUCACAUAAUCAAAAACGCCCAAAAUAACGUCACCUGCUUGUAAACAUGAUCUCGAAGUGUCAUUACUUUGUACUGCUUGACGUUUUAAUGAGAGCCAUGAGACAUCACCUGCCUGUAACGCGCCAUAUUUGCUAGAGAAACGUUUCUGGCGCAUAAUUAUUUGAAAAGAUAAUUUUAAUUUUGAUUUUUUUCAACUAAUACACGCAACAUAAUUAUAAAUAUCCCGUUUCUAUGAAAUUACUAUUGACUAACAAAUAACGUAUGUUCGUUUUCGAAAACUUGUCAAAUAGCCUAUUGGUUCUACUGUAUUUGUUUUUCUUGUACUGAACAAUGUUUAUACCAAAUGCUUAAAAUAAUAAUCUAGUCUAGCUCUGCUCAAGCGGAAUAUAAAUUUAAUACUUACUUUUGUUGUUAAUGUUUUUUAAAUGCAUAACUAAAUUUAAUCUCAUUUUACCAAGUAUAAUUAUGCAUAAGUACAAUUUCAUAGUAUUUUAAGCCAUAAUGAAAUUAAAGAGCGAUUAGUCCAUGGACUGCAACGUAUAUUUUUUUUAAUAAUAGCAACACCAUAUAUACCGUUGCAGUCUUUUCGUAAUUAAAUCGGACCAACAACUUAGAUUUGACGUAAAUAAAGCUUAUGCUUUUGAUUAAAUAACAAACCAUAUGGAUAGGUUUAAUAUUAUGUAUAUGUGGCCGCUCUGUCUUCUUCCAAACAAAGGAAAUAGAUAAAGCAUUACAUUCCUACAAUCUCAAUUAAAGAAUGAAUCAUUGUUUUAUCGUUUAUUAAAAGUUAGUUUCUAAUUAAAAAAGCGGCCGAAGACGUAUUAUAAAUGGUACGAGUCGCAGCAUUUAAGAAAUUAUACUAAAGUGAUGACCGAAAAAUGUUCUGCAUUUUAUUGAUUCCUGAAAGGAUGUGCGGGAGGAAAAAAAUAUUAGUAGCCGCCAUUUUUGUUUCAUAUCUGAAUUGGCGCGAAUAGUGUUGUAGUAGUGUUGAUUUCCUUCCUUAGAGUAUACGAGUAUAUUAUACAUCUGUGACAGAAAAUGCCGCUCUAUUAUAUGAUGCGCGUAUAUAGUAUUGCUACGUAUAAUUUGCGCUGUCAAUGUCAAACUGUAUUAACAAACGUAGCUUUUUUAAUAAUGGGAAAUAGUGUGAAGUGGAUAUUAUCUCCAUGCUAUUUUAUUGACCAUUUCAUGGCCUUACUAGUACCUUAUUUAAAUAGCAUAAAAAAGAUUUCGUUAAAAAAAUACGUUGGCAGUGCAUUUAUUACGUUUAAAUUUAUUUUAAUAGAAACGGUAGGUACUUAUAAUACUAAUGUACCUGUCACCUAAAAUUUUAAAUACCGUUACAUUAUAAUCUAUCUCGCGAUAUUGUAAACUGUCCAAAGAUUAUGAACCAUAACAUACUGCUUACAAUUUAACGCAUUAUUUUUAGUAGGUGAUAAUCUGUCGAAGCGAAUCUAUUAAAUCAAAAUAUGUCGUGCGUUAAAUUAUCAACUGUUCAAAGACGGUCACUGAUUGAAUUGUCUAACAAUAGGCCGUUCUGUGUUCAUAGGAUAAGAUUUUUUGGCACUUCUUUGGUUCAUCACAGGUUCAUUUUAUUUACACAACUACAAGUUAUUUUAACACGAAAUCAAUUUAAAUUCACUUAAACACUGGUGUCGCUUCUGACAAGAUUUUCUACACGUAAAAUUAAAUUUUUCAUCAGUCUCUCCCUUUCUUUCUGUAUAAAGAAAGACUAGGAUACAUUGUUGUUAAAUAAAAUUUUAGGUUUAGAGAAUCUUGCCAGAUUCUACACCACUUUUUGUUUAAAUUCGACAACAAACGAAUUAACAGACAUAAUAAGGCGGCGCGGGGCACAUGACGUUCAACCAAUUACCCCGCGAGGUACUUUCCGUCGUAUGCCAUUUCACUUCGAUAGAUUAUAAUCUACCUAAAAAUAAUGCGUUAAAUUGUGUUAGCAGUGUGUUAUGGUAAAAAAUCUGUCGGUAGUUUACAAUCUUGCAAGUUAGAUAAUAAUCUAAUGGAACUUACAACCGAUAUCAAAUGUAGUACAGCCAAUAAAGUAAUUUCAAACAGAUUUUAAAUCUCCUAAACGACUUUAAACUUUAGCUUAGCAAGUAAAGUUUAAAAUCGUUAUGACGUUAUGCUGACGGUUGUACAAAUUAAUAAGCUACAUUGUUAUUGUAACGAGGUGCUAGUUAUCUAUAAACAUUCGCACUGAAAUAGUUUGUUUUUAUUUUCUGUAUUAUAUGUAUACGUAUUAUUUUUUUUCUUGUAUUUUUCCUAUUGUCCUCUUAAUAUAAUGUUUGAAAAA